AUGGCGCAACUCCGAAGGAUACGAACCCUGUUUGUUCCCCUGCUGAUAGCCCUCCUGGCAGCGCUUACCGUCGCGGACGACUGUGGACGUGAUUUCCAGGGCAAAUGUAGCUGUGGUUUUCAGAUGUACAACUACCGCACACAGUACGUCGUGAACUGUACCAACACGGGCUUCCGGGACACGGUCGUGCUCGAGCGGCUGCCGUUGCAAACCGAGGUCGUUAUCUUCAAUGGGAACUACGUCAAAGAGCUACCGUGGAACGUGUUCGGCGCACUGAACGAUCUCGCCAAUCUGACCAUCGUCGACAUGAGCAACAACCACAUCCACGAGAUCCGCGGCAAAUCGUACCAUCACGUGCCGAACGUGCGGCGCUUGAUACUGAACCACAACAACCUCAGCAUCUCCCGGUACGACGACGAAGAGUUCAACCAUCACCAUCCGCGUGUGUUUUCGAACUUCAUCAACCUGCAGGAGCUGCACCUGACGAACGCGUUCGCGGACAACACGUCGGCCGAGCUGUCGGCCGAUCUGCACGACAUCUUCGUCAACAGCAAUCUUACCAAGCUGGUCAAGCUGCACCUGGAACAGAACGAGAUCGUGCAGUUUAAUGACAAGCGUGUGUUUUGCGAUUUACCAUCGCUACUCGAUCUGCACCUCGGCGACAAUCUGCUGACCGAGCUUAACUUCAAUCUCAGCUGUAUGCCCCGGUUACGUUUCCUCGAUCUCGAGCGCAACCGUUUCGAAACCGUGCGGGCGCGUGAUCUCAGCCUGCUCGAUGCGGUUCAGGCACAGCCAGGACGCGCCACGCCGCUCACGGUUGACUUUACGUACAACCCGUUCGUGUGCGAUUGCGGACUCUAUCCGCUGUUCGAUUGGCUCGAUCGGACGAACGUUACCGUGCGCAAUCGGGACGGUUUGGUGUGCUUGAGAAACCGUCAGGUACGGGAACCGAUCCGCACACUGAACGUUGGACGCUGCCGAAAGCAGGUGGCGUCAUCUGGUGGUGGUGGAAAUGGAGGUAACGCAACUGGACACACCACUACGCUCGUAUUUGUGCUCGUCUGCUUGAGCUGUGUGUUGCUGGCGCUCAUCGGGGGACUGCUGUACGUUAGCAAGGAUAAGCUGCGCGGCGUAUUGACACCCGUCGUCGAUUCCGUCUCGAAGAAGGUGCACUACACCACGAUCAAGGAUGAAGAAGCGCCGGAGCAGUAUGUGUGA